AUCGUGUCAAACUUCUUAGGAUAGAUGUCGUUUGACUCGAGAAACAGCUGUUUUUAUGAUGAUGUUUUGCUUUUCAUUUGUUGCCAACUUCAUGUCACGCAAACCAGCCAACAUCAGCCAGUCAGCGAUUGAGAAUCCGUGUUCGAUUUCGUGAGUUGUGUUAGUACGACGAUUUAUUUAGAGUUAUUUUGUUAGAAAAUUUAUUGACCAGUGCAACCAAUAUUGUUAUUCGUACUCGAUAUAAUAAGUGAUUCUUCUACCAUCUGCGGAUCAAAAAAUAGUGUCAAAGAAAAUUUUGUGCGUCUGACGGACUCCUUUCACAAAGGAUUAAACGGGAGACUUCGUGUUUUACCCGUGCGCAUUUCACCAAUACGACAACUACAUAUUGCGGAACAUUUGGAAUGCGUACAACAAGAGUCGUCAAUCACAAGUUGUGAAGGUGGAGGAGUGUGCAAGUGAAGACUGGUAUGGGCGUGCGGUGAGACGCGGAGUCCUACAACAAGAUGACGGAGGGAGAACGGCAACAGAAUGCAGGCGGCACCAACGCCGCGCCACAGCACAGGAAGGGGCACAGGAGGCAAGAGUCAAUGUACGCAAUGACGGGAUUAUACGCGGAGUCUGGUUGCACGGAGGGCGCCGGAGACGAGGCUGGGCCCAGCACCCCACCGCACCCGUCCCACCCGCCGCGGGAAUCCGUCAAAUGCCACAGCCGAAACCCGUCGGCCGGCGUAUGCGACAGAGACCGCGAGAGGGACAAGGAAAGAGAAAAGCCCCGACAAAUGUACCCAGAAAUAUUAGACAUUCCUCAUGACGCAAGAGAUUGCGGUAUCUUGUCAUGGAGACCGCUUUUCAUCCAGAGAUUUUCUAGUAUUAAAGUGUUUGUAUUUUUCCUUUCGUUCCUGGUAACUCUACAACAAGCAUUGAGCUCCGGCUACAUAAACUCUGUGAUCACCACAAUCGAGAAACGUUUCGAGAUCCCGUCAAGUCUGUCGGGGCUCAUCGCGAGCAGCUACGAGAUCGGUAACGUCAUUACCGUCAUCUUCGUUUCCUACCUCGGCAGCCGGAGACACAUUCCAGUCUGGAUUGCAGUCGGUGCUGUAAUUAUGGGCAUCGGCUCGUUAGUGUUCGUCGUUCCGCAUUUUAUAGCGGAAGUGAAUAGCGAAACUUUGAUGAACAAUAAAUCUGACGACAACAUCUGUCGACUGCCACGUGCACUGGAACAGGAUAUGGGCGGCUUGGGGCGCCUCUCACAGGGCUUACCACCCAGCAACUUGAGGCCAGAUAAUUGUAUUAAGAGUUCCCCGAGCACCUUUAUGCCUGUGAUGGUGUUCAUAGUGGCGCAGUUGUUACUGGGGUGCGGUGGCUCGCCUCUGCUUACUCUCGGCACCACCUACGUGGACGACCACGUGCGACCGGAGUCCUCCAGCAUGUAUAUAGGAUGUAUGUACAGUAUGGCUGCCUUUGGCCCGGUACUCGGGUUCCUACUCGGUGCAUACUUACUAUCUUUCCACAUGGACUCGUUCUCCGGCGCUAUCAUCUCUAUAGAUCCCGGUGACCACCGAUGGGUUGGCAUGUGGUGGGGUGGUUUCCUGCUAUGCGGAUUCCUCCUAAUCCUAGUUGCGAUUCCCUUCUUCUCGUUUCCAAAAGUAUUGAUACGAGAAAAAGAGAAGAUAAGACUAGUAGAGAAAGCAGCAGCUGCAAGUGGAGCAUCCACAUCCAAACCCCCGUCAAGUCGCAGACAGAUAUUAAGGACACGGGGUACGGAAAAGAUAUCAAAGUACAAGUUCACGUUGGGUGUCUUGUGCAUGUGCUUUCUACCGAUGAUACCUAAUAAUACUGAUUACUCCCCAUCCCCAGACAUACCAGUAUCGAUGUGGCGGCUGCUGAAGAACCCAGUGUACGUGGUCACGUGCCUGGGAGCAUGCAUGGAGCUCAUGAUCGUAUCGGGCUUCGUCGUCUUCCUGCCCAAAUACCUCGAAACGCAAUUCAGCCUCGGCAAGAGCCAGGCUAGCGUUUUUACUGUCCUCUCGUUUCUGACACUCACAUAUAUGUUUUACAGGUUCCAUCGCUAUCCCGGUGCCUGCAUCGGUAUUUUCAUGGGUGGCUGCCUACUAAAACGGCUGGAGCUACGUCCUAAAGGCGCCGUUCAGUUCGUGCUCAUAUCAAACACUAUCUGUCUCUCUUGUUACGCUCUGCUGUUCUUCCUCGGCUGCGACAACAUUAAGAUGGCUGGAACCACGAUACCGUAUACAAAUCAUAGCAAUUUGGAGCCUUUUAAAGUGAAUCUGACGGCGGCGUGCAAUUUCAACUGCCUAUGCACGGAGACAGACAUGGAGCCGGUAUGCGGUAACAACGGCCUGACGUACUUCUCGCCGUGCCACGCGGGCUGCGCCGCCUUCUCCUCGCGCUCCAACUUUACUAACUGCGCAUGUGUGCACGAGAACAGUCGCGGAGUGGGGGGAGUGGGGGCGGUGGGGGGUGUGGUGGUGGAGGGCGCGGCGGCGGCGGCGCUGCGCGGCGCGGGGGGGGGCGCGCCGGACUACUCCGAGGUCACGGUGGUGCCGGUGGCCACGGCCGGCGCCUGCAACCCUCCCUGUACCACCAUCUUCCCUUUCCUCGUGCUACUCUUCUUCAUGACAUUCGUCGUCGCCGUUACACAAAUGCCGCUUCUGAUGAUCGUCCUAAGGUCCGUGAGCGAAGAAGAACGUUCAUUCGCACUGGGCAUGCAGUUCGUGAUAUUCCGUCUGUUCGGGUAUAUACCUGCUCCUAUCGUGUUCGGUAAUCUCAUUGACUCGACGUGCCUACUGUGGAAACAGUCCUGCAGCGGAGAAAAGGGUGGCCGGUGUCUGCUCUACGAUAUAGAACAGUUCAGAUACAGAUACGUUGGACUGUGCGGUGGUAUUAAGAUUGUGGCGCUGGGGAUAUUCAUGGCCGACUGGUGGCUCGUGCGACGUCGGCGACACUUGGAAACUGCUCCUCCACUUGAUCCUCACAAAGACAUCGCCGGCUCCAUCAUCAGUCUCGACAAACUUUUCGAAGAACUUCCAUCUGCAGACAACGCGAGUGGCUUCCGGUCUGGUGUCAUGUCAGGUGUAAGCUCGGCCACUACGACACCGAUGGAGCCCCCGACAGGAGGUGGCGACGCUCACGACCCGUACCGACCCAAACUGCAACGUACCGAGUCUCAAUACUCGGAGGAUUCGCAGACACGAGGGCCCAGCGGGAAGAACUCCCGCGUCCUCGUCGCCUCCCGACACUUGCGCAACGACUCCAAGACCAUACAACUGGAGCCGCGCGCGCGCCAGCAUUCGCUCGACGAGCCCGAGCGCAACCGCGCCGUGCGCAGCGACUCGCGAGACUCGCGAGACUCGCGGGACUCGCGUGACUCGCGCCGCGACUUCCCGCGCUCCGCGUCGCGCGACCUGCCCGCGCACUCGCGCUCCGGCUCGCGGGACUUCAAGGUGCACUCGCGCUCGGACUCGCGCGACCUAAGCCUGGACCAGCUCAAGCAAUUGGCGCUGAAGAGCAUGGAGAGCCUGGACCUCACCGUACUGCCGCUGGCGCGCUGUGCAGACGAGGAGAGCAAGCGCCUCAUCGACACCGGUGGGGUAUUGCGCCACCGCCGGACCAGCUCCAAGGACUCUAAGAUGCCAGAAACGAAACACAAGCGCACCUCUUCGCAUCACAUCACGAUGGAACCGAACGAGCUUAGUUUACAGAUGCAAAAGGGUCGAAGUGUAGAUCAUCUAGCAUCAACUCGGCUGGAUCCAUGUGUGUGAAAUGAACGAUAGCUUAAUAUAUGUACAAUAUAGUGCCGGAACUGAAUCUCAGUUGAGUGAGAGAACAGAGUGUGAACAUUUGCUUACUACCAUUGUGCACAACUGAGUGAUAACAUUAACAUGAGUAAGUUUAAAAUGAACUACACUUAUUCUAAAUUUAGCAAAUAGUAAAGAAUUAUGAGUGAUUUCAAAUCAUAUCUUAUAUGUAGUUUCAAUUGCUUUCUGGAAAUAAAAAACUUUCGCUUCUGCAGCUAACUAGUGUUCUAGUAAUGAAUGACUUAUGAAGCUACAACAUGUAGGAUCGUAAUGUUUCAUAAAUCAUGUAGUGUGAUAACUGACUGUUGUUUUAACAUUAAAGUAAUACAAAUAAAUACUCGCAUCACUCCCAAUUAAGGUUUUAAUAUUGUAAAAUGUAAUUAUGUAGUUAAAUUUAAAUGUUAUUUUCUACUAUCAAGAUGCAUACUACCUUACGAGAAAACUAUUUUUUGUUGUACUUAAGAUUCAAGUACAUUAAUUUAAAUUCAAUUAAUUGAUGUGUACAUUUUAAUAACUAAUGUUGCUAUGUAAAAAGGUGCGUUUUGGUUGAAUUAAUUAUUUGUGUAUAUUCUUUCAUUAGUCAAAAUUUACUGGCUGUUAAAAAUCACAAAUGUAGACGGUAGUAAGAGUGAGAUGAGUUCAUAAUAGACAAAAAUAUUAGUAAUGCGUAAAAUGAACUGCAAUAUUGAAGUGCACUCACUUUAAUCACUUUUCUAUCAGCACAAAGCUUCUAUUAAUUUCUGUAAUGGUGCUCAUAAUAUGCUUGCCUACUAAUUUCUACAUUGCAGUUAAUGUUACUGUUAACAUUCCUCUUACUAUUAUGAUAAAAUAAAACGUUACUAAACUGGAGCACAGACUAUCAAAACUGCAAAUCAAAAUUGGAAUGGUUCCGUAUAUUUUGAGUGAGAAACAAAAGCCAUGAUCUCAAACGAAGGGAAGGAAUGAAUAUUGCAACCAAAUGUGAAUAAUUGAUAACAAUAUUAAAUUUACUUUUAAUGCAUCUUUGAUUUUUGUAAAUAUUUAUUUCUAGUAAUUUUAUUAUGUAUUGUGAUCCUAUUUUAUGAACUUACGUCUACUAGUGCAAUUAAUGUUCUAUGCAUGCCACUUACGGUCCAAAAUUUUACAAAUUCUGGUUUUUAUGUAUAAAAGUUUUAUAAUUACUUGUUUAUUUUGGACAGCUAAUGUCUAGUAUAAUAUAUUACUUUUAAUUUAGUAUUUCCUUAAAUAUUGCAAACUGCCUUAGUUCAAAGUCUACACUAAUUAAACCUAAAAACUUGCAUAUGAAUUUGAUGUCAAAGACUUGUUUUUAAAUACUAUUUUGAGGUGUUAAAAUGUCAAUUCUCAGGCUGCUGGUAUAAGAAUUCAAUUACUAACUAUAUUAUUUAACACUGAUGGACAAUAGAAGUACUAAUGUAACUUCUAUAGAGCAAUGUUCACUGUCCAUUAAUAUGUUAAUUAUAAAUGAACAUGUAUUUUAAAGCAAUAUAUUUUAUCUCAGAUAAAUGUAAAAGACAGGAAUGUUGUCUUGUGUAAAUUUUUGUCACAUAUUGUUAAGAGAGGUUAAUAGUUUGAUAUGAAAGAGAGUGUUUUAAUGAAAAAUGCCUUAUUACUACAAUAGAUCUUAAGACUUGAUAUUGAUACUGACUUAGAUGUAUUUGAAUAAGUUGUUAUGUCAAUCACCCAGACAGGUUUGAUAAUAGCAACUCCUAAUUUGUUGCAUUUAGUGAUUAAUAAAAUUGCAUACUUAUUUUAAAAGUUUUUUAAUUAUUACCUUUUAAUCUCAUCAUCAUUUCUAAUAAAACUAAUAACAACACAUGUUGAAUUACAUGAAAAAACUAUAAUUCAUAAUUUAUUCAUUCACUGAGCGGCUUCUUUGAUGCCAAUUUCUUCACGAAACUCACCUGUGUGCAACAUUUGAAUAAAAAAUAUAUUAAUCUAUUGUUUAAUCUACAGCUAAGGAAGAAAGGACAAAAUAAUACAACAUUUUCUUUUUACAUGAUCUGUUAUUCUACUCACAUCUACAUUCUACUUACAACUACAAUCAAUAUUGAUAAUAUCUCAUACAUACAAUACAAACAACAACUAAAACCGGUAUUUACAACUGAUGAAAUGCUCAUUUAAUCCAACUCACCACACUCAGUAAUGGUAACCUUUUUAGUAGGCUUUCCACUUGCAGAUCCCAAACUUUCCAUUUUAGAUACAACAUCCAUACCCUCUACCACAGCACCAAAAACUACAUGUUUCCUAUCAAGCCAGGGAGUUGGCACAGUUGUAAUAAAGAAUUGAGAUCCGUUAGUGUUAGGGCCCGCAUUAGCCAUCGAUAAUAUUCCUGGGCCAGUGUGCUUCAGUUUGAAGUUUUCGUCUUGGAAAACACGCCCAUAAAUAGACUUUCCACCAGUGCCAUUAUGGUUGGUGAAAUCACCUCCUUGGCACAUAAAGUUGGGAAUGAUUCUAUGGAAAGAGGAACCCUUGUAUCCAAAUCCUUUUUCACCAGUGCACAGGGCCCUAAAGUUUUCCGCUGUUUUUGGAACCAUAUCAGUCUCCAGUUUUAUAACUAUACGUCCUAGAGGUUCUCCAUCUGCAGUAACAUCGAAGAAUACUUUCUUUUCUGGCUGACAGGAUGCAAAUCGAAGAGCAACUGCAGAGUACAAUGUACCGUUUAUCAAAGUACGGCGUAACAUUGUUGCCGACAUAGCCAUUUUAGGCGGAAAUUUAAACUGG